AUGCAGUGGCUUUACUUUGCUAUUUUCGCUAUUUUCGCGCCGGUACAGGCCCUGGCUCCGCGGUUUGUAGCCUCAGUUACAGAAAACGAGCUACCCUUGUACAAGUUGGAUGUCAAUGAACCGAGAACUAUCAAUGUGGAUAAAGUGAAACAGUACAGUGGAUAUUUGACGGUUCGGCCCGAGUCUUCGAGCUUUUUUGGAGGCAAAAAAGACGAUAGGUUGUUUUUUUGGCUUUUCGAGUCUCGAAAUGACCCAAGAACCGAUCCAAUAGUGCUGUGGCUCAAUGGCGGCCCAGGGUGUUCCUCGAUGCAAGCCAUUUUGUUCGAAAACGGUCCAAGCACUUUGAGCGAUAAUAACGUUGUGACACCAAAUCCUUAUUCCUGGAAUAACAAUGCGACAAUCAUUUAUCUUGACCAGCCUUUGAAUGUGGGGUACUCUGUUGGUACGGAUAAAGUUCGCACCACACAACAGGCUGCCGAGGACGUGUACUCGUUUUUGACACUGUUGUUCAAACAGUUCCCGGAAUACGCAGACCUUCCAUUUCACAUUGCAGGUGAGAGCUAUGCGGGCAGAUACAUCCCCGUCAUUGCCGAACGCAUCAUGGACGCAAGAAACCGCGCUAUUACAGUGGAAUCAAUUCUGAUGGGUAACGGUCUUGUAGACGUGGUGGCUGAAUACGCCAGCUAUUAUCCUAUGCUGUGUGGUCAAGGUGGAUACAAAGAGGUUCUGGAUCCUCAAGUAUGCUCGAAGAUGCAGAAAGACCUCCCCCAAUGCAUCAGUGACCUGCAGAGUUGUGUAGACUACGGUACGCGGUCCUCGUGCUACAAAUCGUCUGGUUCUUGCAGCAGUCAAAACCAGUUUGGAAAACUAAAUCCAUACGAUAUCCGGCUACCGUGUCCCCAAACACGCACAAAUAUGUGUUACAAGGGGCUCGAUAACGUCCAAGACUUUUUCGACAGCUCGGCGGUAAAGACAGGACUAGGAGUUGAUCAAGAUGUAACCUACCAAGUGUGCUCGACCAAUUUCAAUGGUGGGUUUGAUCGCUGGGAUCGGUACGAGCCCACAAAACACAACGUUACUACCAUUCUUGGUCAAGGCGUUCGCGUGUUGGUGUACCAUGGCGAUAAGGACAUUAUUGUCAACUGGCUCAGCGGGCAGGCGUGGACGCGAGACUUGAGCUGGAGUGGACACCAACAAUUUGUGGACGCAAUCAAGUCCCCCAAGAACUGGACAGUAGCUAACAAACCCGCUGGCCAAGUGUCGCAGGUUGGCGCUUUGACGUUUUUGCGAGUUUAUGAUGCCGGCCAUAUGGUUCCCCACGAUCAACCUGCUGCUGCCUUGGACAUGUUUAAUCGCUGGAUUCAUCAAAAAGGGUCGUUUGAAGAUGCAGCACCUCCUUCUGACGACGGCCAAUCCGGCGGAGACUGGGGUUGGCACGACGACUCGUGGGGAGGCGGCCCAGCUACCGUCACAGUGACUGCCACUCGGCCUCGAUACAGCCGUCCCGUUACCACAGUCACCAUCCGACCAUACUAG